AUGUCUUCUUCAGUUUCAUCUGCAUCCACAGGAGCGAAAUUUGUUCCAGAAGAAGAUAAUUUCUUGCAGAGACAUGUCGCCUUCUUCGAUAGGAACAAAGAUGGUAUCGUUUAUCCAUCAGAGACAUAUCAAGGAUUUAGAGCAAUUGGAUGUGGAUAUUUGUUGUCUGCAUUCGCUUCUGUGUUCAUUAACUUGGGUCUUAGCAGCAAAACUCGUCCGGGAAAAGGAUUCUCAUGGUCGUUUCCUAUAGAGGUUAAGAAUAUCCAUCUUGCCAAACAUGGUAGCGAUUCAGGCGUUUACGAUAAAGAUGGAAGGUUUGUGGCUUCGAAGUUUGAGGAGAUAUUUGUGAAGCAUGCGAAAACACAUCCCGAUGCUUUGACGAAUGAGGAACUCAAACAACUUCUCAACUCAAACAAAGAAGCUAAUGAUCGUAAAGGAGCGAUUGCAUCAUACACGGAGUGGAAGAUAUUGCAUUAUUUGUGCAAAGACAAGAACGGUUUGUUGCAUAAAGAUACGGUGAGAGCGGUCUACGAUGGUUCUCUUUUCGAAAAACUCGAGAAACAAAGAGCUUCUAAGAAAGAUCCAUAA